CGAAGAUGGCGACCUCCAUUGACAUUGUGUGUGUAUUUUGAUAAAUGUCUAAAACUUUUAAUUUACAAACCUAAUGUGUGAGACAAUUUGAUUUAGUUGAAGCUCAGAAUAGUUGCAACAUUUUCCUAUCGGAAGUCAACAUGCGCAUCAGAUAUGUUGGACGAAUAGCCCACUUUAAAGGGAAAACUCUGUAUGAGAUUGCGUGCAACUUGAAAAAUUUUGGAGAAGGUCGUGUUGUCACAAGAUUGAACUUUCUGAACAGAUACCCAGAGAAAAGUUAUUAUCGACUUUCUAAAGUGCAACCAGACCUAACAGAUCUAAAGUUAAGAGAAGGUGUGGCAUGGGGUGAGAAAAUAUUCAGGGGAGACAACUUAGGUGUGAGAAAAAUCGAAACUGGUCAAAAAACGGACUGGAAACUAAUUCCUAAAGAGGAAGAAACAGAUUUUUGUAAAUUAACAGAAAAGGAUAAACGUGAACAGAGAAUAAUACCAGCAACAGUGCCAUUUCCUCCUUUUUUAGAAGCUUGGUUAAAACAAGAUCUCAGGAGGAAAGGCAAAGAUGACUCUGCACCUUUUGUUUUAAAUUUGAGAAUAGAACAAUCAUUUACAAACAAAGCAAAACUGUCAUCAAAACAGUAGACUUUUAGUAGAAAAAAUUUAUUUGUAAUUCAUGUGUUUGAAUUGGACGUGUAAAUCAGUAUGUUUUAUUGAUGGAUUUUGUGUAUCAUAUUGAAGACGUUUAAAAAUAAUAAUAAAUAUGAACGAACGUGUAUAUGUAUGUACAUCUGGUCUUUGUUAAGCAGUGAGCAAUGCCCUUGUGAAUAAUAUAUUUAAAUUUUAGGAGCCAUGGUGGCUCAGUGAGUAUGGUGCUGGCUCACUAACUUUGAAAUUCUUUGGAAAGAUUUCCUCUUGUCAGUGGUGCAGGGCAGAGGACCUGGAAAUAAAAAGUGUCUAGUCGUUGGAAUGGGCAAAAUAACUGAGGUGUCAUGUUAACCAUAGGCAGGUUAAACAUCCCCUUACAAUUUACAGACAUGAAAACCGAAAUCUGUGUAGGCUGUAGCUUCUCUGUCAGGCAAAAUUUCCCUCAUAGCACUCUACAUGGCAUAUGCCCGUGUUUAUUAGCCCCGUUGGUGUACAUUUGUAAAAAAACUAAGAUGCUAAUCGCAGCUAAUCCCUAUUUCAUUUCAGUUUCAAUACAUUCCCAUGUUAGGGAACAAGAUAUUGUCCUCCCUGUUUUUGUUUUGAUUCCUACUGCCCAAACUGUUUAUUUCAAUCGCCGUUGUGUUCACGGAACACAGAUAUGGGGAAAUUAUUCUUAUUUAGUCCUGAAAAUUCUUCACAGCCUAAAUUAAGUUUCAAACCAGAGCCCUGGUUUCAAGUCAUAUUUACCAAUCUUGACCUACUGGCAGUGAUGGUUGACUGGAAAAAUUACUUAUUUGCAAUCUUUUGUGUCAUGAAAUCGGCUAUUUCAAAGAAUUUAACCGUAAAUAUAUAAAAAUUAAAAAAUUUUAUGUGAGAAUGCAUACAAAACUUGAAUUAUAAAUUCAGAUAAUGUUAAGAAUUGUAAAAUUAUAUUUUAUUUUCAAAAAAUAUCUUUACUAUCUGAGAUAUAAAACAAAAUACACAUAACGUACUGGUUGGCAUGCAAGUAAAAAUGAAAUGCGGUCUAACGUCCUACUGUUCUGCUCCUAAACUGGGCGAAUGAAGACGGGUAUACGGCAUACAGUGUGCUAUGAGGGAAAUUUUGCGCUACGGCCUACUCUUAUAUUGAAUUCCAACUGCCAAGGGAUCUUUUAUGUGCACGCCAAUAAGUACACUGGACCUCGGUUUUUCGUUCCAUUCGAACGACUAGACAGCUGUCACUGACAAGGGGAAACCAUGCCGGAAAAUCUGGAUUAACUUUCUCGGCCAAUGCAGGGAUCGAACACCCGACCUCCAGACUAGCGAGGCAGCGUCUUACCCACUUAGCCACGUGAUCCCCCAUGCAAGUAAAAGAACCCUUGACUGUGAGAAUAUGAUGAAGAGUAGACAGAAAGUCUGAUGUCCAUUUCAUUUGAUUGAGUUGUCAAUAUACUGGAAUUCAUCAUUAUGAUAUGGACAAGUUUGUAAGAAACUUGUUACGCUUUCCACAGAAAUUAUAGUCUUAUCUUGGGUAAGCUAUUUCAGACUAGGUAUAUGGUUUUUAUUUCAUAUUUCUAUAUCAUUGUGUUAUUUAUAUGGGAAUAGCUAGAGUAAUUAUUUAUAAAAAUAACGAAAUUUUUGCUAUAUAUAAAAGCUAAAACGAUUUGGAACAAAUUCUUUUAUCUGCCCCUGUAAAAGAGAGUUACCUCCCAUGGUUAGUUAAUCAUCCUACAUGAUAGAUUUUUGUAGUUUUAUUUACAGGCUUAGAUUCUAUGUAGGUGAUCAAGCAGUGUUUUUAUUAUUAGAAAACUGUACAAUUGCUAUACGGGAAGCGUGAAAAAGCUAAUUUUUUGACAGAUCUGUUUCUAUAUUUAAAGGAGCUAAAUCGCUAAUAUUUGGGACCUAGAAAUUGACUCAAAUGGGUCGAAACGCAUAUAAUAAUGUAAUCUGAUUGUAUAUAAACUGAUUUACAUUCAA